AUGAACCACCCUGAAACUCAAGCUGAAGUGACAAACCUGAGCUCCAGACCUGCUGUUAUGAGCAAUGGAUAUGACAUGAUAUUUGUAGUUUUCAGGGGUUUAGCUGCUGGUUUGGUCCUACUGGGGCUUAGCAGGAUCUCUCUAGGAACACAGGGCGAACGAGGCUUGCCGGGACUGCAGGGCGUGAUUGGGUUUCCUGGAAUGCAAGGGCCUGAAGGUCCUAUUGGGCCACCAGGGCUUAAGGGUGAUACUGGAGAACCAGGACUGCCAGGAACAAAGGGAACCAGAGGUCCCCCAGGAGUCUCAGGCUUCCCAGGAAACCCAGGCCUUCCUGGUAUUCCUGGACAAGAUGGUCCUCCUGGUCCACCUGGCAUCCCAGGAUGCAAUGGCACAAAGGGUGAAAGAGGCCCAGUAGGUCCCCCAGGUUUACCAGGACUGACUGGGAGUAUAGGACCCCCAGGACCUCCUGGAAUGAAGGGAGACCCAGGUGAAGUGAUUGGUCUCAUACCUUCUGGUGUGCUCAAAGGUGAUAAAGGAUUUCCUGGCCAGCCUGGACUGCCUGGACCACCUGGAACUUCAGGGUUUCAGGGACCAAUGGGGCCACAAGGUCCUCCAGGAGAGCCAGGUCCCCCAGGGCCACCAGGACUCCCAGGCGAGAAGGGCUACAUGGGCUUGGGCUUUCAGGGUCCCAAAGGUGAAAAGGGAGAACAAGGAGUAAGGGGUCCUCCAGGCCCCCCAGGACCAGCACCACACAUGAUAGAAAAAGGGAGUGAAAUCAUAAAGGGAGAAAAGGGUGAUCCAGGUCAAAAGGGUGAACAGGGAUUCCCAGGAAUACCGGGUUCAGGUUUGAAAGGAGACAAGGGUGAGCCUGGGAAGCCUGGCCCACGGGGAAAGCCUGGAAAAGAUGGGGAAUCAGGACCCAAAGGAGAACCUGGUUUGCCUGGAGGCUUUGGGGUUCCGGGACGACCUGGGGAGCCUGGAACCAAGGGUGACAAAGGAGACAGAGGUUAUCCAGGACCUCCAGGAAGGAUGAUAGAUGCUGGCCCAGUAGACACCUUUGGUGAAAAAGGAGAGCCUGGACUGUCGGGUUUGCCGGGGUUGAAAGGUCAAAAGGGUGAAAAAGGUUUCCCUGGUGCACAAGGAGUUCCAGGACCUCCAGGUCGACCACUUCCACACAUGGUAGGGUCACCUGGUGUCCCUGGAGAGAGAGGUGAAAAAGGUGAAAAGGGUUCUCCAGGAUUCCCUUUACCUGGACCCCCUGGAAGAGAUGGUUUCCCAGGCCCUCCGGGGUUGCCUGGGCCACCAGGACCUCCAGGCAUAACAGAUGGAAUUGAUCAGUGCCAGCAGGGAGAGCCUGGUGCACCAGGAACUCCUGGACUUCCGGGAAGGGAUGGAUUCCCAGGAGAGAUGGGAGAGAAAGGGGACAAAGGUGAAGCCUGUGCCUUGUGUGAUAAAGUAGGACCUCCUGGACCUCCAGGACCACAAGGGCCACCAGGUCCAGCAGGUUUUCCUGGACAAUCAGGUUUCAAGGGUGACAGAGGCUUACCUGGACUAGAUGGCCUUCCAGGAGUGCCUGGCCCCCCUGGCACUCCAGGACUCAUGGGCAGCCCUGGGGCGAAAGGAGAACCAGGAGAUUUCACUUAUGACACCAUCCUGAAAGGUGAAAAGGGAGAUCGUGGUUUCCCUGGACAACCAGGUAUUCCUGGAAGAGAAGGAAGACCAGGAAAGGAUGGAUUCCCAGGUCCCCAGGGUCCAAAAGGAACAGCAGGUACACCUGGCUUGAAAGGAGAACGUGGCCCCCCUGGACAGCCUGGAUUCCCUGGAGUACGUGGUGAAAGAGGUUUUCCUGGCCCUCCUGGCAUAGGAGCUUCAGGGUUACCUGGUGACAAAGGAGACAGAGGCUUUGCUGGAAGCCCAGGUCUACCAGGCCUGCCAGGAGCAAAGGGUGAAGCAGGACGAACUGUCCCACUCCCUGGACCUCCUGGGGCAGAUGGCCUUCCUGGACCACCUGGUUUCCCUGGACCACAAGGUGACAAGGGGAACCCUGGGCUUCCAGGUAGACCUGGCCUGCCAGGAGAAAAAGGUGCUGUUGGGCAGCCAGGGAUAGGGUUCCCUGGACCUCCAGGUCCCAAAGGUUUCCAAGGUCAGCCUGGCUCACCUGGUCUGCCAGGAACUCCAGGAACCCCUGGCCUGGAUGGUCUGCCAGGUGUUCCAGGUUUACAAGGUCAAAAGGGUGAACCUGGUGUAGGUCUCCCUGGCCCUAAGGGGCUGCCAGGCCCCCCUGGCCCAGGUGGAAUCCCUGGAGAAAAGGGCAGUCCAGGACUGCCUGGCUUACGAGGCGAGCAAGGUUUUCCAGGCAUACCUGGCCAGCAAGGAUUCAGAGGUGACCCUGGCCUCCCAGGUGUCCAAGGCUUGCAAGGCCCUCCAGGUGCUCCAGGGCUGGGUCCUCCAGGAACGCCAGGACCCCCUGGACAGCCAGGACCUCAGGGACCACCAGGAUUUCCUGGAAUCAAAGGAGAAAGGGGCUUCCCUGGUGUUCCAGGUCUAGAUAUGCCAGGACCAAAAGGGGACAAAGGCAGCCAGGGCCAGCCAGGAGUACCAGGCUCUGUGGGGUUACCUGGUCUGCCAGGACCUCAGGGGGCUGUUGGGCUGAAAGGAUCACCAGGACCGAAAGGAGAAAUGGGAGUUAUGGGAACUCCUGGAUUGCCAGGAAUUCCUGGACCAGUUGGAGAUCGCGGGUUACCUGGUGAAAAAGGUAGCCAAGGUUUGAAGGGUGUAAUUGGACCACAGGGUGAUCCUGGUGUCAAGGGAGAUAAAGGUGAAGCUGGUCUCCCAGGAAAACCUGGAGAAAUGGACAUGGACAUGGUCAGUCUCAAAGGCCAGAAGGGAGAUCAAGGAGAAAAAGGGGACCACGGAGCAGCAGGGGAGAAAGGGCUGCGUGGGGAUUAUGGAGAACCAGGAAUUCCAGGGAGGGAUGGUGAACCUGGUACUCCAGGGCAGCCAGGACCAAAAGGUGAUCAGGGCCCUCCAGGGUACCCAGGGGAUCCAGGAGUUCCAGGACAAAAAGGAUCAGUUGGUGAAAUGGGUUUGCCAGGAACACCUGGAGAAAAAGGUCUUCCUGGAGUUCCAGGUUCCCCAGGCACACCAGGCUUCCCUGGGCAAAAAGGUGAAAAAGGAGACAAAGGAGCACCAGGUUUUCCUGGAAUUGGCUUCCCAGGGUCUCCUGGUGAGAAGGGAGAACCAGGACGAACAGGUAGCCCAGGUUUGUCUGGAGACAAGGGUGAAAAGGGCAGUGCAGGAGUCCCUGGAAUGCCUGGUGCUCCAGGUCCCAAAGGAUCCCCUGGCAUGGCAGGAUUUCCAGGCAACCCUGGCCGUCAUGGGGAGAAGGGUGAAAAAGGACUUCCUGGCCUAAGUGGCAUCCCAGGAUUGAAAGGAGAACCAGGUGAACCUGGUGCUCCGGGUCGUGCUGGGUCCAUUGGUCAGAAGGGUGAACGAGGUUCUGAUGGGAUUCCAGGUGCAUCUGGUGCAAAGGGUGAACAAGGUCUUCCUGGUAGAGGACUUCCAGGAUUUCCUGGUGCAAAGGGAGAUAAAGGUGCAAAGGGUGAAGUGGGAUUUCCAGGAUCCCCAGGAGGUCCAGGGAUCCCAGGCCUGAAAGGAGAACCAGGAUAUGCAGGUCCACCAGGUCCUAAGGGCAGCCAAGGUCUUCCUGGACUACCAGGGAGUGCAAUUGAGGGCCCCAAAGGAGACAGAGGACCCCAAGGCCAGCCUGGGCUUCCAGGUUUGCCAGGUCCAGUGGGGCCACCAGGACUCCCAGGCCUGAAAGGAGCCAAAGGAGAGCAGGGGAGCAGUGGCUGGCCAGGGGUUCCUGGGGGCCCAGGAGUCAAAGGUGAUCCAGGUUUCCAGGGACAGCCAGGUACUCCUGGUUUACCAGGAGGAACUGGUCCAAAGGGUGAUCUGGGACCUCCAGGACCUUCAGGUGUUCCAGGUCCCAAAGGAACUCCUGGCUUCCCAGGCCUGAAGGGUGAGCGAGGUGACCAGGGUCUUCCUGGUUCUAAAGGUUUACAAGGCCCACCAGGCCCACCAGGUCCUUUUCAGCUUGUCAAAGGAGAUCCUGGCUUACCUGGCCCAGUAGGACCAGUUGGUCUCAAAGGAUUCCCAGGACUUCCAGGUCCCAAAGGACAACAAGGGGUGACAGGACCUUCAGGUGUACCUGGACCACCUGGUAGUCCAGGGUUUGAUGGUAGACCUGGGCAAAAAGGAGAAGUUGGUCCUUAUGGUCCCCCAGGGCCCAGAGGAUUCCCUGGUCCACCUGGUCCUGAAGGCCUGCCUGGGACUAUGGGCCCACCAGGGGCACCAUCUGUUGCUCAUGGCUUCCUUGUUACCAGACACAGUCAAACCACUGAAGAACCAUCCUGUCCAUUUGGAACAAGGCUGAUUUACCAUGGCUACUCCUUGCUUUAUGUGCAAGGCAAUGAAAGAGCACAUGGCCAAGAUCUGGGCACAGCAGGAAGUUGUCUCCGUAAAUUCAGUACCAUGCCCUUCCUAUUCUGCAACAUCAACAACGUCUGUAACUUUGCAUCCAGGAAUGACUACUCCUACUGGCUCUCCACCCCAGAACCAAUGCCAAUGAAUAUGGCUCCCAUCACUGGUGAUAACAUCAGGCCAUUCAUCAGCAGGUGUUCUGUGUGUGAAGCUCCUGCUAUGGUGAUAGCUGUUCACAGCCAAACGAUCCAAAUACCACCAUGUCCCGAGGGCUGGAGCUCCCUUUGGAUUGGUUACUCCUUUGUCAUGCACACCAGUGCUGGUGCAGAGGGCUCUGGCCAGGCCCUGGCGUCCCCUGGCUCCUGCCUGGAGGAGUUCCGCAGCGCUCCCUUCAUCGAAUGCCAUGGCCGGGGCACCUGCAACUACUACGCGAACGCUUACAGCUUCUGGCUCGCCACUAUAGAGAGGAACGAGAUGUUCAAGUAA